AUGGCUGGGAAGGUGCUGGGCGUCUGUGUGGCCGUUGUGCUGUUGUUGCUUGUCAGUGGUGGGCAGGGCGUCGACGUGGUGGACAUCCUGCUCAACACCGAGCAGGGCGUGGACUACGGUGCCGUGGGACCCAUCAACCCGUCUUUCGCGGGGUUCUCUGUGGAGUGGUCGAUCGACCACUUGUUCAUGCCCUACGCCCAGGCCGGCCACUACAACCUCACCCUCCAGCUCUUUCGCAACCUCCUAGAGACCACCGGCGCCGCGCCCACCCUGCGCAUCGGCGGCAACAGUGCCGACGAGACGUGGCGGCCGCCUGGGGCCACACCGCCGGCGUGGGUGGAGCACGACAUUGGGUCGCCGUCGGAGCUGAUCAAGCAGCUGGCCAAAUUCUUCGACGAGCUCGACGGCGGUGAGGGCAAGCUGGUGAUGGACCUCAACUUCCGCGAGGGCACCGACCCGGUCCUGGCGCUCAACGAGAUCAAGUACCUGGCCGACCAGUUCGGCGCCACCCGGUGGGCGCGCCAUGUCAAGGCCCUCGAGAUAGGCAACGAGGUCGACCUCUACGCCGGCACAGAGGCCUACAGAAACCAAUCGACAUGGACCACCGCCCUGUACAACGAGCAGUGGAAUCAAUUCGCCGAGACGAUCGCGCGCGCUGUGCAGAGUGCGGUCGGCCACCAAGUCAAAUUCCAGGGUGCCACGUUCUGCUGCCACAAAGACUGGUUCCAGUUCCUGCCCAAGUUCAUCGACCUGAACGCCGAGCGCCUGGCCACCGUGUCGGUCCACUCCUACGCCCUGUCCGUGUGCGGCGGCAAGAACGUGAGCCUGCCCGAGCUCCUCGACGGCCUCGGCGUGGCCCGCGCGCGCGGCGUCGAGUACUGGCUGGCCGAGACCAACAGCGUGUCGUGCGGCGGCGCACACGGCGUGUCGGACGCGUUCGGCGCCGGCCUGUGGGCCAUCGACUGGCUCUUCAACGGGGCCGCGCUGGGCUAUCGCGGCAUGAACUUCCACGGCGCCGGCAGCGGCGCGGCUUACGCGCCCUGGAGCUACGGCGCCGGCGACGUGCCCGAGAUGCUGGCCUUCGCCCGCACCAUCGGCCGCGGCGCACAGGCCUACAUCCUGCCGGCCGGGUCGCGCCUGCUCGACGUGAAGAGCAGCCAGCACCAGCUGAGCGUGUGGAGCGUGGGCCACAGGGAGUCGGGCGUGCGCAAGGUGAUCGUCAACCACCGCGACAUCGCGCCGGGCGCGGCCAACGCGUCGGUGACGGUGCGGCUGACCCACGGCGCGUGGCACGCCGAGGCCGGGCUCACCGUGUUCGAGGCGCCGUCGGCCUACGCGACCGACGGCGUGCGCCUGGGCGGCCAGACCUUCGACGGCUCCACCGACGGGCACAUCCGCGGCACUGCCCAGGUGGUGCGGGUCGUGGCCAAGGCCACCAACGAGUGGCGCUUCGAGAUGCGGCCCGGCUCCACUGCCUUCCUCACAUUCUGUCCGCCCAACCAGCCCCAGCUGUGCUAUCAAGUGUAA